GCUCCCUGGCCUCCUGGCAGCCUCUGCAGACCACAGGCGCCCCCCUCGGCUGGCUGCGUUGCCCUCGCAAGCCCAGAGCGCAAGUGCACUUGGCAAUGGCUGUGGGUGGUGGUGGCCUCUCACUGCUUUGCAGCUGCCUCUGCUCGCCCUGGGGGUUUUCAGGGUACCCUCUGUACCAGCUGGGCGGCCCCCAGCUCCGUGUCUUCCGAACAAACUUCUUCAUCCGGCUGGUGCGGCCCGGCUCAGUGCAGCCCGAGGACACCGUGCAGUUCCGGAUCCCCAUGGAGAUGACCAGGGUGGACCUCAGGAAUUACCUCGAGCGCAUCUACAACGUGCCCGUGGCCGCCGUGCGGACGAGGGUGCAGCAUGGUUCCAACAGGAAGAGGGAUUACAGAAACGUCAGGAUGAAGAAACCAGACUACAAGGUGGCCUAUGUGCAGCUGGCCCAUGGACAGACCUUCACGUUCCCCGAUCUGUUUCCCGAGAAAAAUCACGGCAGCCCCGGUGACAACGACAUCCAGGACGAGCUCCUGGAGGGGCGGAGGCAGAGGCAGAGCCGGGACCCCCGGCGCGGCGGUGUGCCCGACUGGUUCGGCCUGUGACGGCCCCAAUAAAGUCCUGUGUGUGGAA